CCCUUUUCUGCGUGCGUGUCCAAAGCUGGCUCUUCCCUCUGCUCUCCUGCUCAUGACAACGUUGACAACAAGGGGCCAGAGGUUUCUCCACUUCUUCCAUCAUGACCAGGAAGGUGUUCACCAACACGCGCGAGCGCUGGCGCCAGCACAACGUCAACAGCGCCUUCUCUGAGCUGCGCAAGCUCAUCCCCACGCACCCGCCCGAGAAGAAGCUGAGCAAGAACGAGAUCCUGCGGCUGGCCAUGCGCUACAUCGACUUCUUGGCGCGCCUGCUGGAGAGCCAGGGCGGCGGCGAGGGACGCGCCGACCACCGUCACAGCCCCGCCGCCCUACUCACGCUACUGCGCGGCAACAUGGAGCAGCUGCGCUCGCCCUCGCGUCCUUGGACGCUGGCCAGUGACACCGAGGCGCCCUUCUCGCCCGGGUCCAGCUGCGGCAGCUCAGAGCCCUGGUAGGAUCACGGCCGGAAACGGACUUUCAGACCAAUUUUUUUUUUUCGGGUCUGACCUUCUACCUAUGUGAGGAGUGCACAUGUGAAGCAUUGUGUUUGUAUUGUGCAUGGAUGUUUUAUUACGAGUCCCCCGGUAGGUAUUUGUGUUCUACUAAAAGAGACGAGCUGUAAAGAGAUUUAUCUCCGCGACCGCCUCAGAAAAAGCACUUUUUCCACAUUCUCUUUUUUCCACCCCGACUGACAAGAUUGCACUGUUGUUUUUUUUUUUUUCUUGAAGAUAUGAGGACUCAUUUUUGUACAGUUUGCAACUCAUCUCGCCAAAGAUUGAUGCUUUUUGCUUGUUUACUGUGAUGCUAAAUAGCAUAAUUAGCAUCUGAUACCUCUUUUUGGAUUUUUUUUCCUGUUCUUGGUUGUGAAAAAUAUUUAUUUGAACUAUUUAUUGAAUAAACUCUUUGUUGAUGAA